UGGGGGCGCAGGUGGUGGUGCACCUGGUUAAACGCUCACAUUACAGUGCGCAAGGACCGGUUUUCAAGCCCCUGGUCCCCACCUGCAGGGAUGAAGCUUCCUGAGUGGAGAAGUCGGGCUGCAGGAUGGAGACAGACUGUAAUCACAUGGAGCUGAGCAGCAUGUCGAGGUUUGAAGACGACUCUGAGCUGAACGGUUUUGAGGGGACGGACGUGAAGGACAUGCGGCUGGAAGCGGAGGCAGUGGUGAAUGACGUUCUCUUUGCUGUUAACAACAUGUUCGUCUCCAAAACCCUGCGCUGUGCCGAUGAUGUGGCCUACAUCAACGUGGAGACGAGAGAAAGGCACACAUACUGCCUGGAGCUCACUGAGGCGGGGCUCAGGGUGGUGGGAUACGCUUUCGACCAGGUGGACAGUCACCUACAGGCCCCUUACCAUGAGACAGUCUACUCCCUGCUGGACACACUCAGCCCUGCCUACCGGGAAGCCUUUGGGAAUGCGCUCCUUCAAAGACUGGAGGCUCUGCAGAGGGGAGAGCAGUCAUGACUAAGCUUUUUCCUUCCAGAGAUGCUGCUGCUGCUACACACUGUUGGCAUAAGGCUUCGGUUUCACGCAUACGCUCAUAAUAGGAAAGGCGUUGGCUUUGGAUCUUCAUUUUUCUCUUUUUCUUCAGUUUUGGUUGGUUGGUUGGUUUUUUCCUUACCAGAGCACUGCUUUGGCUUAUGGUGGUGCAGGGGGAUUGAACCUGGGGUUUUAGAGCCUCAGGCUUGAGAGUCUCUGCAUAACCAUUAUGCUGCCUACCCCUGCCCUCUGCCACCCUUCAGUUUAGACUUUCCACUCAGACCUUUUCUUGACUAGUGAAUCGUCUUUCUUAGCUUUCUUAAAGCAAUCCUGAAGCUGUGAUACCAUAUUAAGAUUCCAGUUUUGUUGUUUUAAGCCUUUUACUGGUAUGGAUUUAUUUAUGAGAGAGAAGGAAUGGGAAAGACAGCCAGAGUAUCACCCCGGCACAUGUGAUACCGGGGGACCAGACUUGGGACUUGAUGCUUGAGUCCAGGGCUCUGGCCACUGCAGCACCUUCUGGAAGGGCUCUGGUUCUCUCUGGAGCUUCUCUCUCUGCGCUUCCAACCCUAAUCAGUGUUCUGUUGUGUCAUGCCAAGGCUUUGAUGCUGCCAGCGCUCUUUCGCCAAGAGGCUGUAGAUUUACACAGGAAGAUAGGUGUUAAAGGACCUCAGUGCAGUCUUUGAUUCAGUCGCUAAAUCAGGCUCACGACUAGCCGACUUUGCAGUCAUGUUUUUCCUACUAGCCUUAUGGGGAACAAAUGACCACGCAGCUUCCUCUGCACAAAGUUUGAAGUCUGCUGCUGCAAUCGAUCUGUUUCUGCUAUGAAUAAAAACUGCUAAGCAUGCACUGACUAUGGGAGACUUCGGUAGUAUUAACACACAGGGAAGGAACAAAUUCUGUAUUCCUUGUUUGCAACAGCCAGCCAACUAAGGACAAGCCGCUAGCAAAUGAAUGUAAUAGUUUACUUCUCUCCAAGAUAUUUAAGCACAUAAGCAAAGGUAGGAACAGGCUCUUUUUUUUUUUUUUUCCCUGAACAAAAAAAAAAGCAUCUAAGGUACAAGUGAUUGAAAAGAAGGAAGAUUCUGAUUUCCUAGAAGAUACUAUUUUGGCCUGUGUUGAUUCUUAUUCUGAAGGUUUGUUUACAUAAUGUACAGUAUAUUUUCAGAAAGUAUUUUUGCUUCAACAUUGACUUCCUAUGAGGUAUUCCUUUGGUAUUCCCACAGUGCCCGCCCUGCGCGACACUUGCACAGUGUUCUGUCUCGAUGCUAAGUCUGCAUGUAGUAUGAGUGCAUUGUAUGGGUCUGAAACCAAAGUUUGAGUGAAGCAUUCAGAGACUUGAUAUUUGAAAAAGGAAGACUCUGUAUUUUCUAUUUUCGUACAGGUAUUAAACUUUGUGAACUUAAUAACUGCCCCAUGCUGCUGCACCAUGCUUGCCACUACCAACUGAGUAGUAAGGACAAGGGAGCCGUGUUUUUAAUAGCGGGCUAAAGCAGCAGCUAUAGAAAUGUUGAACUAAAACUGCGUUUGGACACACCUUUUCAUAGCUUUAUCCUGUGCACACUUGAGUUCCUCACUCUUAAAUAACAGUUCCUUUCACUUUCUGAAGCCACGUAGACCAGAGCAAGUGAGCAUUCAGUUGGAGUCACUGUUGGUUGUCAGAAUUCUCUGGAAUGCUUUUGUUAUGUUUCACAGUUGCAUGUUCAUCCUUAGAUUUCCUUUCAGAUGCUCAGUUGUUUUGGCAAUGAAGUCUGACUGCAGGUUCAACUUUCUCAUGCUUAAUCUCAGGCUAAAUGCAAAGAAGAUUUGUAAAGUUUGAAUAAAAUUCUGUUUACUCAUUUGUGUUACAUAUGAAGGAAAGUGUAUGUUUCAAGAUUGAAAUUGUUCACUUUGUGAUAAAUGAUUGAUUCCAAGA